AGCGAGAGACAGAGACAGGGAGAGGGAGAGGGAGAGGGAGGGAGAGUGUUUGAGAACAAAGGGCGGGCGUAGCCGAGAGUUAGAAAGAGGAGGAGGGAAGGAGGGGGAUAAAAAGGUUGGCUCCUCUUUCUUCCUCGUAGCAGCAGCCGCCUCGUCGUAGAUAGAGAGGAAGUUGGAGACACUUGGGCCUGCGGAAAAUUUGCCCCUUUUGUCUCCUCGUCCUCUCUAUUAAGACCUCCCCCCACCACCACCACGAGCACCCCUUCCUUUUCACUCUCAUUUUUCCUCCCUGGGUGAUUCGUGUACGAGAAGAACGAGCUUCGCCUUCUCUUGAACGUGUGCGUGUGUACUGGUUAUGUGUGUUCAUUUGUCCGCGCGAACCUCUUUGGAGAAGCUGGGAAAGUGGAGCAAGCCAGCGACGAGUGUGGAGCUCGGUUUUAGCUGGGAUUGAAAUCGCCGGGAGAGAAGCGGAAGGGUCGGUGACUCGAAAGAUCGGAGAAGGCAUCCGGUACAGCUACAGGGGAAGGAAGGGAGAUAUAUAGAGGGAGCAAAAAUUGCGACCUUUUUGAUGAGCUUCGGGGGAUUCCUCGACACCGGCUCGGGCGGCGGCGGCGGAGGAGGAGGAGGGGCGAGGGUCGCCGCCGCCGAUAUUCCGUACGUGGGAAAGAACGAGAUGGCGCCGCCGGGCGCAAUCGCGCAGCCGCGCCUCCUGAGCCCUUCUCUGUCCAAGUCCAUGUUCAACAACUCUCCUGGACUCUCCCUCGCUCUCCAAACCGGGAUAGAGAACCAGCAAAUGGGGGAGAGCUACGAGCAAAUGAGCGCGAGCAAUCACCACCUCCGGAGGAGCAGAGAGGAGGAGCACGAGAGCAGAUCCGGCAGCGACAACCUCGACGGCGGCGGAGCCUCCGGCGACGACCAGGACGCCUCCGCCGAUAACCCUCCCAGGAAGAAGCGUUACCACCGACAUACUCCCCAGCAAAUCCAAGAACUCGAAGGGUUGUUCAAGGAGUGUCCACAUCCUGAUGAGAAGCAAAGGUUGGAGCUGAGCAAGAGGCUUUGCUUGGAGACCAGGCAAGUCAAGUUCUGGUUCCAGAAUCGGCGCACCCAGAUGAAGACACAGCUGGAGCGACAUGAGAAUUCGCUGCUCCGGCAAGAGAACGACAAGCUCCGGGCUGAGAACUUGUCUCUCCGGGACACCAUGAGGGACCCGAUUUGCACCAACUGCGGCGGCCCGGCCGUCAUUGGCGAGAUCUCCCUCGAGGAGCAGCACCUCCGGAUCGAGAAUGCCCGCCUCAAGGACGAGCUGGACCGCGUGUGCGCGCUCGCUGGGAAGUUCCUCGGCCGCCCCGUCUCGUCGCUCACCGCUUCCAUCGGCCCGCUCAUGCCCAACUCGAGCCUCGAGCUAGGGGUCGGGACUAACAACGGGUUCAUCGGUAGCUUGGCCACGACGGCGCUUCCCCUGGGGCCUGACUUCGGGGGUGCGAUCUCGGGCAACUCCGCGAUGGUGUUGGCGAACCCACAGAGGCCCCCGGGAGCUGGGGGCAUGGUGUCGAUCGAGAAAUCGAUGUUGCUGGAGCUUGCCUUGGCCGCCAUGGAUGAGCUGGUCAAGAUGGCUCAGGCCGAUGAGCCGCUAUGGAUCAGGAGCUUGGAAGGUGGGAGGGAAAUACUGAACCAUGACGAGUACAUAAGGACCUUCACUCCUUGCAUUGGCAUGAAACCGAAUGGAUUUGUGACCGAGGCCUCUAGAGAGACUGGCAUGGUGAUCAUCAAUAGCUUGGCACUUGUGGAGACCCUCAUGGACUCUAACCGGUGGGCUGAGAUGUUUCCGUGUAUGAUAGCUAGAACAUCGACCGCAGAUGUGAUCUGCAGCGGAAUGGGAGGAACCAGAAAUGGUGCACUUCAGCUGAUGCACGCGGAGCUACAAGUGCUGUCGCCGCUGGUUCCGGUCCGGGAGGUGACCUUCCUCCGGUUCUGCAAGCAGCACGCCGAGGGCGUGUGGGCGGUGGUCGACGUGUCGGUCGACGCCAUCCGAGAAACCCCCGGCGGCGCGCCCUCGUUCCCGAGCUGCCGGAGGCUCCCUUCCGGCUGCGUGGUUCAAGACAUGCCCAACGGGUACUCCAAGGUGACUUGGGUGGAGCAUGCGGAGUACGACGAGAACCAGACGCACCAGCUGUACCGGCCGUUGAUCAGCUCGGGCAUGGGCUUCGGCGCUCAACGGUGGGUCACCACCCUCCAGCGACAGUGCCAGUGCCUCGCCAUUCUCAUGUCCUCCACCGUCCCAUCCCGCGAUCACACCGCGAUAACGGCGAGCGGGAGGCGCAGCAUGCUGAAGCUGGCGCAGCGGAUGACGGCCAACUUCUGCGCGGGGGUGUGCGCGUCCACGGUCCACAAGUGGAACAAGCUGAGCGGCGGGAACGUGGACGAGGACGUGCGGGUGAUGACGCGGAAGAGCGUGGACGACCCGGGGGAGCCGCCGGGCAUCGUGCUGAGCGCGGCCACCUCGGUCUGGCUCCCCGUAUCGCCGCAGCGGCUCUUCGACUUCCUCCGCGACGAGCAGCUCCGGAGCGAGUGGGACAUCCUCUCCAACGGCGGCCCCAUGCAGGAGAUGGCCCACAUCGCCAAGGGCCAAGACCACGGCAACUGCGUCUCCCUCCUACGCGCCAGUGCCAUGAACGCGAACCAGAGCAGCAUGCUGAUACUGCAGGAGACGUGCAUCGACGCGGCCGGGUCGCUCGUGGUGUACGCCCCCGUCGACAUCCCCGCCAUGCACGUCGUGAUGAACGGCGGGGACUCCGCCUACGUGGCGCUCCUGCCCUCGGGGUUCGCCAUCGUCCCCGACGGGCCGGGCUCCCAUGGCCACGGCGGGGGCGCAGUGGGGAACCCGAACGGGCACGCGGGCGAUGGGGGGCCGCAGAGGGUGGGCGGGUCGCUCCUGACGGUGGCGUUCCAGAUCCUGGUGAACAGCCUGCCUACCGCGAAGCUCACGGUGGAGUCGGUCGAGACGGUCAACAAUCUGAUCUCGUGCACGAUCCAGAAGAUCAAGGCCGCCCUCCAGUGCGAGAGCUGAUCGGCGGACGACGGAACGAAUCGCCCGGCAAUCUUUCAGUCAUUUUGUCUUUCUUUGUUCUAGGUCUGUGCAUGAGGGUGUAGUUACGAGGUUGCGAGCAUUUUGGGUUUGUGUGAAACGAGCGAAGGACUCGAAAAAAGAAAGAGCAGGGUUUUUUCUCUAAGGAGGGGUGUCGAGUCAAGAACGAACCGCGCGUCGAGACUCCUUGCACGGCGGUAAGGGAACGGCGCGGCGCGGUGUUGUCCGAGAGCUUCGGGAAGCCGGAGCAUUCUUAGUGCCGGGCAAGGGUGGUGGUUCGGGUAUUGACUCAGGUUCAUCCCGAGUUGGCUCAACAAGAGAAGGGAAGAAAGAACAGGAGAUAGUUAUGAAACAAGGUGUUUAUCAACUGUUUUGUUCUAAUCGAAAUCAUUUUAUUUGAAGUGUUAAGCCAAAAGCUACUUCAACUUGAAAACAUUGUAACUUCUUGGUUGGUCGUGUUCAGCUUUCUCCGGCUCAUCUCCGGCGACGACUUUGCAUUUACAUGUUGGAUUUUAUUGUGGCCCA